AUGCCUCGUUCUAUUCAGAAGUACGAUCAUUGUUUGCAGGUAUUCGUACUUCCUUCUUUACCAAAGCUUGACCUCCCACCCCUCCCGCCUAUAGUCGAUUCCAAGCUGAGAAACAUGGUGUUCACCCAUGCAAGCCUCUCAAAUGUCCCUAGAAGCUAUAGCACCUCUGUCUUCCUGGAAGAAGGUCAAGGGAGUCUGGAUUAUGAAAAACUGGAACACAUCGGGGAUUCUUUGCUUGAAGCCAUAGCUGUCACUUUAGCUCACGAGCUAUACCCCAACUUCCGUCAAGGAAGUGCCUCGAUCAUGCGAGACAAGCUUGUCAGUAACGCUACUCUAGCACAGAUCUCAUGCCAAUAUGGUCUACCCAAUCAUCUCAUCUCGGAACCCUCCCUUCGGUUUACCCUUCGGAGAAACGAGAAAGUCCAAGCAUCCAUCUUCGAGGCUUACAUCGCUGCUGUGUAUUACUCAUAUCUGAAUUUUGAAAAUGACAAUACCCUAACUUCAACUCAGUCAAACGAUAUUGAAGAGAGGUCCACGGCUAGCUCAAGUCCUUCGCCAUCCGGGGCAGAUCCCAGUAAGGGGGAAACCGCUCAACCAGAUUCCGAUGGAGAGAGCGAGGAAAGCGAUCAAGAAUACUUUGAUGCGGAGUCAACUACUGAUCCGGAUACUGAUGAUAAUACCAGGUCUGGAGAAAGUGACGAAACUACCGAUUAUUACGAUGGUAUCGAGAUCAUAUUCAAAGAAUCGUCAUCGGAAUCAGAUACGGAUAUGAUUUCUUCGGAUCCCCAAGAAUCAUCCAAAUCAACCUCGACAUCACCUUCUUCCGAGCCCACAAAUUCUCCUAACAACACCACCUCUUCCGAUACUAUCAAGCCCCGAAAGACACGAGGUGAAGCGUACGACUACCUAUUUCAAUGGUUACGCCAAGUCCUAGAGCCCAUCGCUCGCUUUGCUGUAGAGCACCUUGAAGUAGAAGAAAAACGAAUCGAGAAGAAGUACAAGGGUAUGCCUGGACGGGCUUAUGUCACACCGGAAAGUAGGAAAGAGGAAGAUGAGAAAGCUCGAGGGGGAAAGAUGGCUCUCCAUAGUCAUUUCAAGGAAGGAGAAUUACCAACUUAUACGGAAACUCGAUUAUCUGGUGAUGCUAAUACUUCACUUUGGAAGGUAACCUGUACUGUCACGGACAGUGAUAGCAAAACAUGGACGGCCGAGGCUACUAAAUCUACCAAACGGGAUGCUGCUAACGUGGCCGCUUGGAAGAUAUGCGUCGCCAUGGGACUCAUUAAGGAUGAUGAGUAA